CUCCGCAUUACCUGCAAUAACACAACACAGCCCAGCUAUGGAGUCCGAAUCGGCGGAAACCCUGCCGGAGGCGCCCGAAUCGGCCACCACCGAUGCCGAAACCGAGGAGGCGCAAUCGCAGGACUCCCAGGAAGCGACCAGCAACAUCGACGCCACCUCGCAGGAAAGCUUCUCGGACGAUCCGUCGUACCAGAGCCAGGAGUUUCUGCAGCGGAAGCUGUACUUUUUGCUGGAACAUUUGAAGAAGAUGCACUCGUCGGUGCCGGAACAAUACCAGGUUCGAAUUUCAUACGAAUUACUAGCUGGAUUAGCAAAUUCUUUGCUGAAUGACACAAUUUUCGAGAUUGUUAAGGGUUUGAUGGAGAUCCAGCAUGUCACCGAGAAGCAUCUGAUGCAGGUUCGCGAGAAGGUCGAGAACGAUCAUCAACUUGAAGUUAAGCAAUGGGAAUCGAAAAUCCAAGAUCCAGAAGAGCUGGAACACAUCAUAGCGUUGAUGAAGAUCAAGCACUCGAAAAAUCUGAAGGAAACUGACAUGAAGCUGGUGCUUCACCUUGAUCAGAAGGUCAAGGAUCAGCAGUCCACGCUGGAAAAGGCGGGCGUGCCUGGGUUUUACGUCACGGACAAUCCGAAGGAGAUCAAGAUUCAGAUGUACCUGCUGGACUUUAUUCUGCGGCUCAGCAGGACAAAGUUCGAGCACAAUAAAUAACAUCCGGCCAACUGGUGGGAGGGGGAAAUUGGA